AUGGAAUUACAGACCUUGGAAUCUCUCGUUGGUGAAAAAAUUGUCGGUGGUAACAUAGCGAGGUACGGUGAUUGGACCUAUCACGUGUCAAUUUUAGUGAAUUAUGAAGUGCAUUGUGGUGGUGCUAUAAUCGGCGAAUAUUUUGUUAUUACUGCUGCACAUUGCAUUUACGAAGACGAAGGGUUUACAAACCAGCGGGUAGCAGUUUUAGCUGGCAUUAAUGAUUUUUUUAGUGAAAGUUCCUUUAAAGUAAUAGUUCCAGUCCGCAAAAUGUACAUACCAUCUAAUUUCAAGCUAGGAAAACGUGUAGCAGAUAUUGCCGUUUUACGGCUAAAAAAACCGCUGAAAUUUAAUGAAAAUCCUUACGUAAGUUAUCUUACUUUGCCCAAUGAACAAUCGUAUGAAGAUGAAGAAGCUAUAGUAACUGGUUUUGGUUUAGAAUUUGUUAAAGUCAUUUAUGAUGAAUCGGGCAUCAGACAUAGUCGCACGGGUCAAUAUGCAACUAAAAUGAAAUUUGCAAAAACAAUUGUAAUGGAUCGUCCAACUUGUCAAACAAUGUAUUCGAGUUUAUCAACAAGUUCUUUCAGUCUAAAUAAUUUAAUAGUUGACUACACACAUAUAUGUGCACAAGUUCAACCAGAUGACGUAAACACCAUUGCAGGAAUAUGUUUUGGUGAUAGUGGAGGUCCUCUUGUUCAUGGUAACAAUACUCUCAUUGGAAUUGUUAUUGGUGGUCCGUAUACGUGCGAUGAAAAGAUUGCACCCGGUCUGUAUACAAGAGUGUCAUUCUAUAGUGAGUUUAUAGAGAAAGCUAUGCAGGACAACGUCGAUGGGACGAUAUUUGCAAUGAAGACACGGUAUUAG